GUGCGGUGUGUACGUGCGGUGUGUACCGGUGUGUGGAGCGAAAGUAGAGAGAAGAGAGAGAGAGAGAGAGGGAGAGGUGUGUGUACAUGCGUGUGUGUACGUGUGGUCAAUGUAUGUAUGAGCCCGCAAGUGAAUGUGAGUGAGGCGAGCGAGUGAGUGGUGUGUGUGUGUCAUGUAUGUGUGUGUGGUGUGUGUUGGUCUCGUCUCGUCUCCUUCUCCCUCCCUCCUCGCUGGCUCUCGACACCCCCCACCACCACCACCACCCCCUUCUUUGGAUCUAGUCCCUGGCUCUCUCGCCUCGGCUGCGCAUACACUGGCACGCACGCACGUCGAUACGCACAUACGUACAUACCUUAACCUCCUACCUGCCUACUUGCCUCCCUGCCUACCUACAUACCUGCUACCUACAUACGUGCAGUACCCUCCCGUCUGUCACUCUCGGACAGCGGGUGGGAGGAGGUGGUGGUGGCCGGCAGGCAGAGCAGACAGAUAGGCAGGUAGGUGUAGCUAGCUGGUGCUUCUGGCUAGCCACCCCGUUCGAGGCCGCUGGGCCAGACAGGACAGGACCUGUUCCGUCCCCUGCCAGCCCUAGGUCGGGUUUCGCGACUCGGCCCCCCCCCCCCCUUACGCAGCGUGGAAUCUGCGUCCCCCUGCUCAGAUCGCGCCCCCAUAAAAAAUUGCAAAUUAAAAUCAAAUCAAAUGGCAGAAGCACAACAGGAGCAGCCACAGGCUCAUCAACCUCAGCCUGAACCCGUCCUUGCCGCCGCUGAAGAACCAGCCCAUGCCCUCCCAUAUCAAUCGCCGGGCACGUCCUCAUUAUCACAGGCUACCCGCGAGCUCGAAGAGACACAAGACACGCAGGGCCAGGCGCGGGUAGAAACACAAGCCACAACGCCCCCAGCGCCGGAUGGCAGCAAGCUCGAUCUCGAUCACGAUCACGGCCACGCUCAUAUAGACGCACACGCACGAACGCCGAUCCCACAACCCGCAAAUGCAGAAGCGACGGCAGCAGUAGGAGCAAUCCUCGGACACGCGCAGGAGCGGGAGCCGGCACCAGAGGCAGAACCGUCCCUCCAGCCCCAAAUUCCGAACCACGCUGCCGACGCUAAUACUCCGACAUCGACGCCAACAGUAGCCUUACCCGCCACUGCUGCUCCUGCCACCACCGCUGCCGCUGUCGCUGCCGCUGCCGACGCGGCUACUCUGCUCUCCGCGAGGGCGGACACCACCGGAAUCUCGCCCGAUUCGCAUCACCAGGUGUCACCCGAGGCCACUGCGCCGUCGUCGGAAGCCAUGUCCAAUAACCCCUCUCACCCGCCCAGGCCUCCUCGACAGUCCAUAGGCUACCCGAAUCCGACGGCGUACGCGCCACCGGGCAUGGGCAAUCCGCAAUACGGGUAUCCAAACCCAGGGGGCCAGGGGCCGGAUGCGUAUCGUGCGAGCACAGGUGUCCCCAAUAGCGCGAUGGCGCUGCCGAGCAUGCGCACGUUCGAUUCGGCGCAACAGCAGGUCCACCCGCAGCAGCACCUGGCGAUGUCGAUUCCCGUCAACCCCGUGCCCUCAAUGCCUGCGCAAUCACACAUGGCUUACUUCGGGCAACAGUCGGCUGUCCCCAUGGGCGGGGGGAAUCCGUAUGGCCUAACCGCGGACGCUCUCGGCCCGCGAUACGCCUUACCCCCCAGCGGGCCAGGCAGCGUACUCGGCGGCCGACACAAAAAGGAGAUCAAGCGUCGAACGAAAACGGGCUGCUUAACAUGUCGGAAACGACGCAUAAAGUGCGACGAGCAACAUCCGAUCUGCAAGAACUGCCAGAAGUCAAAACGCGAAUGUCUGGGCUAUGACCCGAUAUUCAAGAACCAGCAGCAGCAGCAGCAUCCCACCAACAUCCGGCCUGCUCCCAAUAACCCGAGUUCUUCGGGCCCGCUGUCGUCAAGCCGGCAUUCCCCCUCUGCCCCCCUAUCGGGCAGUUCCUCUGCCUCUACCAACUAUACCACCCUCCCCCCGGUAAUAUCUAAUAACAGCACUUCCACCGUUUCAUCUUUCUCUGCAGGCCUCGCCCACCCUGGACCGGCCGGCGCAACGGUAAAAAGCGAAUCCCUCGAAUACCCGGCCAUCAUCGAUCCCGCGUUGGACAGCGUACUGAACACACCGAGUAUGUCGACCUCUCAUUUUCCCGCGAUCAAGCAUACUGCCCCAAAUCUCGUUAUUCACAGCACACCAGACGCACUCCAUCUCAGAGGUGGUGGACCUUCACCUGUUCCCCUGCAUUACCCCGUUUCGCACUACGCGCCGUCGUCUUUUCAGCAACACAACCCGGCUUACACUGGCUUCCCAGCGAGAAAGAUGAAAGUCCACGAACUCGUGGGUAUGAGCGGCGCCGUCCCUCCUAUCCUCGACUCCCCUCUGACCAACGAGAGGCUGGCCGAGGUCAGGGAUCUCUACGACCAGGUGUACGCCCCGGGUCUGGAAAAGUUCUUCGAGACGGAAUGGUACACUGGGCCCCAGGGUGCCGGCGCUUUGGCGUCCAGCGUCUCCGCCAACGAGAUGCUGGUGGGCUUUCUGCAGUCCAUGGCCAAGACGGAUGCUAGCGAUGUUGCCGGGAUGCAGUAUUCGGCCAACCUUGAAUUCAGGGUAGUCUGGGACCUGACCGCCCUAGUCUACGCGUCGGAGUACAAGGUCAACGUAGGAGAACACUUGCCGCCCCCCGACGACGGACCCGAGGCUCGGAAUCGAGUGGCGGUUUUCGAAGCUCUCCUGGCCGGCGAAUUCCUCGAUCGGAACCCACUCCUACCGCCGCCCGUGAGCGCCGACCUACGGCUACACCGGAUUCGAGAGUUCAGGUUCUGGUACCUUCUUGCCGAAUUUCUCCGCGUCAGAGACCAGCCGAACACGGACGUGACGCGACAGCGGGACCACCUGCUCGGGCAGAUGCGCGAUCUGUUGGACGGGCGGGAGAACCGGGACGUUCUCUACUCGCUCGCCGUUAUCCGUGCCCUUGCGCCGAAUUUCCCCCCCGACUUCGAGAGCACCCUGCCGCCGCACCUCGACGAGAGUGACCCCAAGAGCAAGCUAGCCGUGGCCCGCAAGUUUAUCCAAGACGAGUCUCAGGUGACGGGCGGAACUACGAACAUAGUUCGCCGCUUCUCCGAGCUUGCCGUUCGGGCGUUCAUCAUCCCCGGCAGUAACAUCGGCCGGAGGUGACGCGUGGGGGCGGGGGUUGGGUCCAGCUCUCGGUACGGAGAGCGACAGCGUACUAGCACGCAUACGGCCUAUAUUUCCUGACGUUUGAACAUAGUUUUCUGUGGCUCUUUUUUUAGGCGGCAAUACUGGACCCCAGACUUCGUUCCUCUUAGACGCCCAACCCGAGGGUUCACUUUGCGCAUUGCGUUUCCUCCUUCCUCCCGGUUAGAUCCGGUCAACGGGUCGCCGAACGGGGACUCGUGGAAGCUAAGAAUAAUAUUCUAGCCUAUAGAAGCAGCUGGGUGGUGGAAUUCUUGACCGGCGUUGUGGCAUUCUACGGAUUUCCCCAAAACUGGCACUGCACGUUUUACGUCUACUGUUUAUCAUUUACCUCGGAUGCGAUGUAUGAAUACGUGUUUUUGGAAGACCAUUUAUUGGCCGAUAAAAUGUGGUAGGAUAUGGUGUAAUUUUUUCUUUCUGUUUUUCUCUUUUUACCACAUCAGCUAUUGUUCUCGUACGGACGGGACGGAAAAAUCGGUAUCCACGCAUCACGGAAAAUUUCUUUUCCUUAAACCAGAGCGAUGGAUGAAAUUUUUGGGAUCAACCCAGGACGGCGCCUAAGUGCGAAGAGGGGAGAGAGAUUGGGGGGAGGGCGAAGGGAAGGACGAACGGACGGACGGACGGACGGGGGGGGGG